UAGGGGAACAUUGUAUUGUUCUUUGUGCGUGGUACUUGGCGGUUUGACAUUCUUGUGUGGAUUUAUAUUUGACGCCAAAUAUAUUCGCUUACAACAUUUGUACCUCACGAUCAACUAGAAGGAUGCUUGAAUGGAUAUUCGGAUACAUAAUCUGUUGGUUGCAGUAUGAUUUGUUCGUGUAAACAAGAAAAUUAUAUUCGAAGGAUUUGCACUCUAAUUCCAAACUAAUUUUCGAACAGUCCACAAAUAUUAACAACUGUACCGGUGGUGAAUUUGCAUUGAAGGCAGCUAUGGAAUCUAAACGUACAAAUCCACCAUCUGGACCAUCGAGUUCAGGCGGGAGGUUCCUCCAGGGUGUGUGGAUGAGCAAAUGCGAGGGUGGACGUAUUGAACGUCUAACAAAGUGGUCUGAAGGACAGAAGGAGCAGAGGCUAGGAAGUCUCGACAAACAGGAACACAGCAGAAUGGUUAAGAUGAACUUGAUGAAGCUGGAAGUGCGCGAUGAACUCACAGCCUUGAGGAAGAGUAGACGGACACCCACAUUGGUCCCAACGUCUCCUACACACGAGACAGCGCCUCCUAACAUUCACAGGCAGCAGGGUAGAAUUCGAGAAACGUCUAAAAGUUCUUCGCGUAAUCGUGGAAGGAGUCAGGAGGUUGAUGGUCCAAAUCCGGGAAAGAAACAUCUUCAUGUUGCCAAACAAUUAGAUGGGUAUCUGUCUCCCAAGGUUGAGAUGGGUUCUCGUAGUCCGGGUCAGAGUAUGAAGGGCGAGACCGGUGACUGUGUUGUAAAGUCAGGGGGUAUACUGCCAGGCACACAGUUACCCAAACCUUCUCUAGCUGCUAAACCAGAUGGACACGAGGGCGAAUCUCACAACGGUUAUGAAAAUGACGUUCGUUGUUCGGGGAAUGACAUUAAUGGCAUUCAACGUGAUCCACUAUCACCUCUUUCGUCAAAGGAUUCUGGACCAAAUGCAGAGCCGACUUCUAAAUUUGUCAGGAAAAUGGGUAGAGUGGAACUAGACAAAGAGACUGUGAAGCGUCUGAUGGCAAAGAGCGGACAGGACGGACUGCUAUGAUUGUCAUGGUCAUAGCAAAACCAGUAGACUGACACGCUACUGAGGGGAGACAGUUAGGGUCACUUUCAGGAACACUUUCAUUUCUACGUUCGAAUGUGUAUAUGUAUAUUUCAUGUUGUUACAUCCUAUAUCAUGACAGUGUUGAAAGUGUUGUCUCCCGUUAACCAUGCAGGAUCCGUACAGUAUCAACCCUCUGGGAAAGAAAUGUGGAUCUAGUCGGACGACGGAAACAUCAUUUUUCACCUAUCACAUUUCAACAAGUAUUCUCAAAGAGCAUGUGUUAGCACGGUAUCCCUUCCCUGUACAUCAACUGGUCCGGAUUACUGAGGUUCUAGGUCGAGCAUGAAUCUCUAGUCCACACCAUACUCAAUGUCCCGUCUUCGAACACACGGUGUAGCUGAACUUCUUAUAACUAGCAUGGCAUUUUUAUAACUACCAUUACGUCUACGUCUAUAUAUAUCAUAAAUAUUACGACAGUGCCAACAGCAUCUAGAGGCCGCGACCCAUAAUUUCAUAUAUCCUUGUGACGAAAAACGGGUACUUGUCGAAUAAACAUGUAGUCAAA